AUGAGUUACGCUGGAGGAGGCUUCAUGAUGGGCUCCCAGGGCGGAGGGAGUCAGUCGAGCCCGGGCGGCGGCAAGCGCUCCGGCACGUCUGCCCUGCGGCCCGUCACGAUCCACCAGCUUCACAGCGCGACACAGGCAUUCGCGGAGGCCGAGUUCUACGUCGACAACGCCGAGCUGAAGGACAUCACCCUCGUCGCCUGCAUUCGCAACAUCUCGCACACCCAGACCCAGAUGACGAUGCUGAUCGAGGACGGCACUGGCCAGAUCGACGCACGCAUGUGGAAGGACCCGAACGCUGAGGAGACGGCACAGGACGAGUACCAACUCAACACCUACGUCCGCAUCAUCGGCGCCCUGAAGACCUUCAGCAACAAGCGCCAUGUCAGCGCGAACCGCGUCCGCCCGAUCGAGGACUUCAACGAGAUCCUCUUCCACCCGAUCGAGUGCAUCUAUGUCCACAAGUACUACACGGAGGGCCCCCCCGGCGGCGGCGCCGGCGGCACGCACGCAAUCACGCACACGACCUACGACUCUGGCGCGAACCCGUACGCUGGCGGUGGCGGCCUUGCCACCUCGCACGACGACAUCUACGCCGACUUGCCUCCGGGCCAGCGGACUAUCAUGACGACCAUCGCGCAGCAAGUCAACUCGGGACAGUCGGGAGAGGAGGGCGUUAACAUCAAUGCGGUUAUUAGGGCGAUCGGUGGGAACCCGUCGGCUAUCAGGAACGACAUCGAGACGCUUGUUGGCGACGGGCACCUGUACCAGACCAUCGACGACGACCACGUCCUUCCCACCGCUUCCUAG